CUGCAAGGUACAAAGGUACGGCAGCUCUCAAAAUGUCGGGAAUCUGUCUUUGAGAUGAGUCUGCGCUUUACUAGAAGUCUCUGUCGUUCUAGCACAAGGUUCCCAAAUCUUUACACUGCUCUGUUCCUCCCAUCAUUCAUCCACGCUACACCAUUGAGAGCUCCCUGCACCCAGAAAACAUUCAAGUCAACUUCAACCAAGAAAAAAGCUGCUGCCGUCACCAUGUCCAAACGAACUGCUUAUGAACGUUCUGAAUUGGGCCAUCCUUCCACAAAACGGGCGAAGCAGAUUGACGAGGAUCUACCAUUCGACAAUCUUGUCGAAGCCCUCGAUGCCCAAGAAGAAAAGAAGGAUGUUUCCCGGGUAGUCCAUUGGUUUCGCCCCAAAGACCUCCGCAUUCAAGAUAAUACCGGUUUACACCACGCGUCGCAGCUAGCCCAGAGUUCUGAGAAACCUCUCGUCUGCAUCUAUCUUCAUUGCCCUUCCGAAGAGAGUUGGCACGGUACCAGUCCCGCGCGCAUGGAUUUUAUGAUCGACGGGUUGAAAUCCAUGCAGAAGGAAUUGAAGGAUCUCAAUAUACCUCUUGUCUUCUUGCACUCGGAGAACCGCAAAGAUCACGUUUCAGUGAUUGCCGACUUUCUGAAAAAGAACAACGUCUCACACCUUUUUGCCAACUUCGAAUAUGAAGUGGAUGAACUUCGGCGCGAUACAGGGCUCAUCAAAGAAGUCGGCAACGAUGUCCAAGUGUCCAUCUUCCAUGACCAGACCGUUGUAGAGCCAGGAACGAUGUGCACUGGAGCUGGUAAGCCUAUGAAGGUUUUUACUCCGUAUCAUCGUGCGUGGCUUGAUAUCAUCAAGUCGGAGCCCCAUCUUUUGGACACACAGCCAGCCCCAGCGAAGAACAGCUCCUCUGCUACUAAAGACAUCAAGUCGCUCUUCGAUUCCGAUCCCCCCAAAACAUCCAAAGACAAACAAUUUUCGUCCGAUGAAGAACAGAAUCGUAUACGCAAGCUCUGGCCAGCGGGUCACGCAGCCGGAAAGAAGCGCAUGGAGGCCUUUCUCAAACAAAUCAAAGAUUACGCUGCCACACGCAGUAAUCCAGCUGCCAACAGUACCUCGCGUAUGUCAGCUUACUUCUCUGCGGGUAUGUUUUCUGUCCGCGAAGCCCUUUCCAUGGUCAAAGAAUACAACAAGGGCAGUUCCAACUUUACCGAAGGCGGAGCCCAACCUGGAGUUUACGCAUGGGUUCGCGAGAUUGUCUUCCGAGAGCUAUAUCGCCAGACUCUUAUGACGACCCCGCAUACUGCGAUGAACCUGCCGCAGAACCUCAAGUUCGACUUCGUGCAGUGGGAGGAUGAUGAAGAGGGUUGGGAAAAAUGGUACAAAGGAACUACCGGCGUACCGUUCGUAGACGCUGGUAUGCGGCAGCUGAACCAUGAGGCAUACAUGCACAACCGUCUACGCAUGAACGUUUCGUCAUACUUGUACUGCAACCUUCUGAUCGACUACCGCAGAGGAGAGCGAUAUUUCGCCGAGACUCUGAUUGACUGGGACCUUUCCAAUAAUACACAAGGGUGGGAGCCUAGCUAUACAGUCUUCAACCCGACAUCACAGGCCGAAAGGAACGAUCCCGAUGGUGACUUCAUUAGAAAAUGGGUUCCCGAGCUCAAGGAUGUUCAAGGAAAAGCCGUUUUUGCCCCGUACGAGAGAUUGAGUAAAGAAGAAUUCGAGAAACUAGGAUACCCAAAACCACACGUCGAUUGGAAGGAAACAAAGCAGAGGUGUAUGGAGAGGUUCAAGAGCGACAUGAAAGAUGCCGAUCCUUGA